AUGGCGCUCCCUCGAGUGCUCCGUGAGUCGCUGCUGCUGAUCCUGUCGACGCUCGCGCGCCCGUCGCUCGCCGAGAACUUUGCUGGCAUGGCCAUAUCGUCGCGGAUGGCGCAGCUCAUCAACAGCGGCAUCGAAUCGCCCAAGCUGAAGCUCAACGGGUCGCUGCCCAUCGAGGUGCAAUACCUGCUGACGCAGAGCGAUCUGGCCUGGCGAGACUUGGGCGGGACUCUGCAGCGACUCGUGCUCUGGGACCAAGGCUACGUCGUCACGAGCGCCAACAAGACGCGCGAGGUCAAGGUGCGCUGCGAUCUCAGCAUGGACGAAGUGGUGGUGACGCGCGACGAGUUCCAGGAGCUGAACAAUUGUCCAUCGAUGUCGUGCGUCGACCCUGUGAGCGCAGACACCGUCCUGCGCGGAACAAUCUGCGCCGAUAAUCAGAUCAAAGAGGUGGCCAAGUGCGCUGUCUUGGUAUCCGAAAGCGAGGCGAACGCAGCCUCAGUGACCGUGGAAACAAGUCUGAUCUGGGGAGAAGAAGGAAACAACACCGACGUCCCCAUGCCGACUGUGUACCGCCAUUCUUUCGAGUCUUUUGCCAUUACGCUGCAGCCACCAAGCACCAAUAGUGGGAACUGUCCCCGACAGCUUGAUCUCGUGAUCCCAUGCACGACGAUCACCUCCUCAGCGAACAGCAGCGAGUGGUGCACUCCACGCAAAUCCGGCGUGGUGGCAGGUCUCCUCCAAGAUCUAGCGGAAGCAAAAGUGGGUAAAGCCGACGCUGGGACGUCAGGGAUGCUAAUUGCUAUCUGGGUGGUGGCAGCAAUACUACUCACUGUGCUCUGCGCCAUAGGGGUCAUGUACUUCCGCUACCUGUUUCGACGAGAACAACGUCCAAGCACCAAGAUGGACCUCAUGGAGAAAUCAGCACUGGAGCAUUGCGCUCUGACCCCUGAAGGCGUUUUCUUCGUGAAUACAAACGGUAGCAACGGUGCUACAGAUUCCAUGUCGUCCGAACUGUCCGAUCUUGAGGCGGAGCUGGAGACGGAAGUUCGAAGGGGAUACUCGAGUGCAUCAGGACCGUCCGAGGUUGAUUACUCUGACGCCCUGGGUGCUUCGCAAGUGCUGCUGCUUUUCCAGAAUGACCCUGUCGUUCUUGCCUUACGUGUGCCUAUCAUCGAUGUGAACGGUGACAAAAUGAUAUCCCGUGGUAGGGAUGGCUCUCCGAAUGAGGUUCUUGUUGGAACGCUAGGAUCUCGCGAAGUGGUUCUAAAGCGACUACGGGUACCGAAGCGCAAUGACACUCAAGCUGUUGAACGGCUCGCACGUGAAAUUCGCAUGGCUGCAACGAUAGAGCACCCUAACAUCGCGAAUCUCGUGGGUAUAGCCUGGAACUCGUUCCAGAAUCUGAUGGCUGUUUGGGAAUACCAUCGCAGUGGUGACUUACGUCGUGCGCUUCGAAGCGGCAGGAAGGCUCAACAUUGGACAUGGACUAAGCAAAAGCUUCAGAUUGCAAUGGGAAUACUUCGCGGCUUGUCGUUCCUCCACACACAUUCGCCACCGAUUAUCCACGGCGCAAUUGAGCCGCGCCACAUCUUGCUAGACUCUGCUACAGGAGAGCCGGCGCUCUGUGGGCUCGGCCAUUGUGCUGGCCGGGCUUCGACUGCUUCAACUUCUGACGUCAAAAGGGGCGAACCUGGUGAAGGUAGCAUCUGGUGCAGCCCCGAGGUGCUGUCAGAGAGGAGAUUCUCGGAGAAGGCCGACAUUUAUUCCUUCGGUGUAGUCUUGGUGGCUCUAGACACGGGGAGGCUACUGGUAGAUGUCCCCAGAGAUGAUCUGCUGGACAUGUUAACACCUGUAUGUCCUGAGUUCAUCCGCGAGAUCGCCCACAACUGUCUACAAAUCGACCCGAGCUUGCGUCCUACGUCUCGAGAGCUACUGAAACACCUGGAAGAUAUAUCUUGUACCAGCAGCCCCUGGCCUUCGUGCGAAUACCCCAAAGCUGCCAAACGCAGACUGGAAUACGACGACGAACAGAUUGUACGAGCAGUCUUCUGUCUGUAG